UAAGGGUUUCCCAGUGUUUCCAAACAUCAAAACUCCAAACUUGGUGAUCAGUUCUGUUAUUUAGAACUCAAGACCAACAGCUAGCCAUCAUCCGGUUGAGUAUCUCGUUGGAUUGUUUCCGAUAAAACCAUGAUGGCUUUCGAGCUCUCCGACGAAGUGUUGGGCACCUUCGUGCCGAUCGUUGUGUAUUGGGUGUUCUCGGGGAUAUAUGGCUUGUUGGGCUACUUGGAGAACUACCGUCUCCACCCAAAGGGUGCAGAAGAGGAGAAGAACCUCGCCUCAAAAGGGGCUGUGCUUAAGGGUGUUCUCCUGCAGCAGGCCGUUCAGAUCGCCGUCGUCUUCCUCAUGCUGAAGUUCAUCAGCGACGAAAGUGGGGUUCCGAAGCCGCAACCUUCGCUCCUCGUGAUGGCAUGGCAGUUCUUGAUCGCCAUGGUGGUGUUGGACUCAUGGCAGUACUUCGGCCAUCGAUACAUGCACGUCAACAAGUUCUUGUACAAGCACAUCCACUCCACCCACCAUGCACUUAUCGUCCCCUACGCCUAUGGAGCUCUAUACAACAACCCGCUCGAAGGCCUGAUUCUCGACACCAUCGGUGGCUCGCUAGCCUUCCUUCUCUCCGGCAUGACUCCCCGCACCGGCAUCUACUUCUUCUCCUUCGCCACCAUCAAAACUGUCGACGUGCAUUGUGGAUUAUGGUUUCCAUGGAAUCCACUCCAGUGGUUCUUCAACAACAACUGCGCCUAUCAUGACAUUCACCACCAACUUAGAGGAAAUAAGUACAACUUUGCGCAGCCCUUCUUCGUUGCUUGGGAUAAGAUUCUGGGCACCCACAUGCCUUUUGUGGUUGAGGAGCGCAAGGGAGGGGGUUUCGAGGCCCGGCCGGUGAAAUAUUAAUUAAUUUAAGCCGUUGAUCCAUGCAUGGCAUCCUCUGUUGCCAUUCGUCGAGUUUGGGAGUUCAUAGUACUAAAAGACUCUGCUUGCACCUCUCAGAUUUUUCCUUAUGUAUCUUGUGAUGAUUCAGUAAUAAUAUGCGAAUGUUCAUGUAA